UUAUAUCAAGAGAGAUAUGUUCAAAGAAAGUUAUCACAAAGCGAAGCUGAUUAUGGAACAAGAUGGUUUCUUAAAUGAAAGUUCACCAAAAGGUGCCAUGUUUCAUAUGAUAAAAGAAGAAUAUGAAGGUUUCAUCAAAUUACUUGAAGAGGAAUUAAAGUUAAACAUUUUCCUAAAUGAAGAAAUAUCUAAAGCAUCUCUAAAAAAAUCAACAAAGAGAAACAUUGACUUGUACGAUGUCAGCCUUAAAAGGAAGCUAGCGAUUUUAAAAGAAGAUAACUGCAGGUUAAAAGAAUCUUUAAAACUGGAAGAACAUAAAAAAAGUUUGUUGGAGAAGAAGCACAAAGCUGCUAUAAAAGCAAAGCAAUAUGAACAUCUAAUAGGAAGAGGAAUAUUGGGUCUUUCAGAUAGGGACUUGUGUCAAAUGCUUCAUAUGACACCGUAUGAAUGGGCUGAUCCCACCUGUUUAAUAGAGAAGCUUGGAGUAAUUCAGAAGAAAAAAAUGGAGCUUGAGAAUGAUUUAAAAUUUAGAUUCGUCAAACAAAGUAACUAUCAAUCAUUGCUUCAAUCUACUUUAAAGAAAGAGGCUCAAUGUGAAACACUUGGAGCUAUUAACAGCACAUUGAAAACACAGGUGAAAAGGUUAAAGCUGGCAAUUGAAGCUGCACAGAUUUCUGCUUAUCAUGAAUACCCAUAUGGUAAAAGAAACGAUCGAUCAAUGGCCUCUAUUGUUGAGAUGGUGCUUCAAAAUUUCCACGAUAAGAAAGAAGAAAGGGCUGAAAUUGCAAAUACAAUUAAUGAUCAAAUCAAAAUGUCAUUGUUGGAUGAUAAUUCAUCCGAAAGCAAGUCACGAAAUACCUUAAGCAUUGAUUCAGGUCUGAAGAAAAAGCUAGAUAAUAUUGAUCAACCAAAAUCAUUUGAUGAAAGAAAAAGCUUUUUUGAUGAUGAUCCAAUGAAAGAACAGGAAGCAGAGAUGACCAUGGAUUUUGUUGAGCAUUUUAGUUUGCUAUUUUCCUCCAGAAAGUUCAAAGAAGCAGCCUUUCAUGCUAUAUACGCACCAAAAGGUGUGCUACGAACGCCUCAAACAUUAAAGUAUUUUAAAGAGCUUGACACUAUCUUAAAAAAGAAAAAGAAGACGAACAAUCAAUCGUAUCUUCUUCAUUAUUGCAAGCUUCUUAUGUCUACCAUUGAUGUGGUUGGGAAACAACCUUCUACCUGGGAAACAAUUGAAUGUUUUAAAUGUGCAAUAUCUGAAGACUGCAUUGAUCUGGCAGAGUAUUGGUUAGCAAAAGAUCAAGUGGUAAAUGUGUUGGUACGUCAAGAGCGGUAUGCAACAGCAUUAUCGUAUGCCAAAACUGAUGCACAAUUCACAGCCGUAGAUUUUGCUAGAAUGCUUGAGGACGAUGAAAGUUGCAGUGAACUCAGUUAUUUGCUGAUAACUUUACACAAAGACAUACACAUUGAGGAGAUAAUCCUAGUUCUCGUUGCAUCAGAUCAUGAAAAGAAUGCUAUCGUUUUAAGCAAGCACUGUGUUGAUCAUAAUCGACCGCCGAAGUUCGGAAUUAAUCAUUUUGCACAGUUUCACGACCAGAUGCAUGUUGCUGAACGCUUUACCAUGUUGUGUUUCCAAGAGAAUUUGCAAGAAAUUGGUUAUGAUUUCAUGAGCGCGUGUAUCCUAUCACAUGUGAUCAACAAUGGAUCGACCGCUGCUGCAUUCACCUCAAAUUGAAAGCACGCUGUUUGUGUGCAAGUUCUGAAUAACAUACGAAGACAAAUGAAGGAUUUUUAUUUUAUGCGUUCUGAGUAAGGAUUGAUGUUGUUUCGUGUUAAGAAGAUCGAAGAAGUUUUUGCGAUAUGUUACGACGAAAUAUGAAAUAUGUGUCGCCAUAAAGAGUUUUAUUAUUUUCCCACCUUGUAGGUCGUUAUUUUACACACCAACAUUCCAAACAAAACACAUACGGAGUGUCUACUCUGUCAGAAAAGAAAAAUUUCAUUAAAAAGUCAAAAAUAUCAGCAUUUUUUAUGUUUAAAGAAAAUGUCAGGAAUUUUAGGUUUGAUUGUCAGUUAGAUUUAUUUUCAUUUUUUCAAAAUAAUGGCAUGAAUUAAAUUUCAAACCCGUUCUUAAAGAAAGUAGGAUUAAUUGUGUUUAUUACGCUUGUAUAAAAAAAACACUUUCUUGAAAAUUAAGUACGUACCAACAAUAGAUGAAAAAUAAGGAAUGUCAGGAAUUUUAGUCACAGGAAAAUAAGGUGUUAAUAUUGAGCGGACACAGGACAAGACAAAGAGAGCAAGGUUUGUUCAAAAACAAGUGUCGAAUUUACUGAAAAUAAACUUUUUCCUGCUUCCCCCUUUGUGAAUAUUGGAAUUCAGAAUUAAUUCCCUUUCGGUUAUCAGGGAGAUAAUUUCGGUUCUCAGGGAAAUAAUUUUCAAUGCCGUAGCGUGUUUACUCAGAAUUCGCCCUUCCAAUACUUGCUGUUUUGAUUUUAAAAUUUUGAUUUCCAAAGUAUGCAUCCUUAGUUAAAUUUAAUGUUUAAAAUUUUAUUUAAUUCAAGCCAUUCAAUAAUUAUAUGAUUGCUUGAGGCGUGGGUGAUCAUUUUUGUGACGUACUGUUAAUAAAAUAAUUAGCGGUAGCUGGUGGUUCUAGAUUUGUUGCGAUGGUUUACAAGAGGUAGGGAGUCGUAAAAAAUGAAGGAACAACCAGUCUCAACGUGUGUUUUGAUGCUGCAAACGCCCCCAACCUUUUAUGCAACAUUUAUUAUUUGUGUUUAAUAAAACUUUCGACGGUAUUUCAAAUAUUGUAUAAAAUCGAUAUUCCCAUUCACCCAAUAAAGUUUCAAUAAUUCAAAAUUUCCUCAUUUAAGCAAUUUUAUCGAGCCCUUUAAAUUACAAAU